GAGACACAGACACAGUAUCCUCACAACCAGACACACGCUGCUCGCAUUGUGUCAGGGGGUGGGUGGGUGAUCCGUGAGGUUUAGUGUCCUGUGUCCCCCCCCAUUUUCCAGAUUGACCCCAGAAGACUGCUGGAGAGAGGACAGAAGGAGAGAGAGGAGAAUCCAACUCUUGCUUUCCUUCUUGACAUCUCUUUUCUGGGCCCAUCACCCACAAUCUUUGACCUUCUUCUCUACUGGCUCCCUUACCCAUGGCAACACCUCCUGCAGAUACGGGGCCUCCACCCGUGGUUGAGACUACUCCGGCGGCGGAGCCCUCAGAGCCAGUAUGCUCUACCACGGUUGUGAUUGAAGAGCCUGAGCCAGAACCUGAACCUGCUCAAGAAGCUACUGGUUCAGAAAUGGAACCAUCUGUGACCAUCCAAUCAAAAUCUUCAUCUGUUAAUGACCUGACGGGCCAGCCAGCAGUCAAUGGAGGACCUCGUGCGCCUAGUCUGUCCGGCUCAGAAGGUCGACUGGCUCAUGCUGCUUUAAAUUCCUCUCGGCCAAGUCUCUGUCGACAAGGGUCUACUGCCACCACCAGCGCCGCUGAGGCAGAAAAGCCAAGGGACUAUCUGAUAUUUGCCAUCCUGUCAUGUUUUUGCCCAAUGUGGCCAGUCAACAUUGUUGGCCUUGCGUAUUCCAUCAUGUCCCGUAACAGCCUCCAACAAGGGGAUGUGGACGGGGCCUUCAGACUGGGCCGUGUGGCUAAACUGCUAAGUAUUGUGGCCAUGGUGGGAGGAAUACUGAUCAUCACUGUGUCCUGUGUCAUCAACUUCGGAGUGUUGUGAAAUGGUGCCACGCUGCCCCCCUCUACGGACAUCACGGGGCUGAGGGGACCCCCCCAACGUUUCAUAGAAAAACCCUUCACAUUCCCACAGAGACACCAGCCAGGGAUAUGAGCGAGACCCCCACCGGUGUGAGUGGCAGAGAAUGUGAUUGUGAGCAAGGUGACUGUGUGAGUGUGCGGGUGUCUUCUCAUCUCAUUGCGAUUCAUACACGUCCCCGCAAGAUCUGACAUCCUUCAGCUAUAGAAUCCUGUCCUACUAAUAAUGGCAGGAAAUAAAAGCACAUCACACACUAUUCCCAAUGUGCACACGCUCCUAUCUCUUACAGUGGUGCAGUGGUGACCUCCAGUGGUCGCCAUGUGUAUAGCAGGUGCAUGUUUUGUUAAUGCGCUCAUCUACUGGUGCUGCAGGGUGCCAAUCUAUUAACCCUUCACCCCCUCAUUUGAACAGAGGCCUGCCCAUCAUCAGACAUCACUAAUUGUUUACCAGGAGCUCUGCAGAACCUCAUUCCCUGCUCUGCAGAGCUUCGCACCUUCAUCCACCCAUGCAGGUCCUCAUGGUAUUACUAACCCUUUCCCCAUUGUACACGGGUCACACGGAGGAGCUGGCUGGGUCGAUUUAUCCCUUCCACAUCAGGGAAGAAAUCCAGCGCAGAGCAUCUCUGUUGACUCUCCCCGCCUGCUUCGACCUGACUAUGUAUACGUCUCCUAUCUGAUGACUGUUACCUGUAAUACUCACCUAUGGUCCUGCAUGCUGCUUGUAUUACAUGCACGCAGGGGAGGGCUCGUCACCAAUCUUUCUUCUAUGGUGGAGAGAGGGACGGUGAUGGAAACACGGGGUGAAAUUCUUUUCCUAGAGAAGAGAGAGACAUUUGUGCACUUUGAAGGGGGAGAUUUAUCAAAACUUGUGCAAGGGAAAAGUUGCCCAGUUGCCCGUAGCAACCAAUCAUAUUGCUUCUUUCAUUUUUAACAAGGCCUCUGUAAAAUGAAAGAAGAAAUCUGAUAGGUUGCUAUGGGCAAAUGGGCAACUUUUCCUUUUCACAGGUUUUGAUGAAUCUCCCCUUUCUUGCUUUCUUUCCCUCUGAUUUGGCCGGUCAAGCGCCCUUGGACUUGCAGUUGCACAGCCGGUAUAUUAACCCCGUCCGGCACAUAGCAACCAAUGCACCAGAAUUAGGCUGAGACGUAGGAUCCGAUACGGUUUCCUUCUCGCACUUGUUUUAUAUCGUUUUGAUACAGUCACGUGAUCCCGGGCAUUGGUCGGCCGCGCACAUCUGUCUCACUCUUCUGCCUCUUCUCUUUAUAUAGUGGGGUGGGCAUCGGGGCUGGGGUAUUGAGAAUGUAUUUUUAUUAUAUCAUGUUCUUGCAGGAAAAAAUUGACUAAUAUACAAGGAGCAUGUCACGUGAGCCAGCGAUGUUUGUAUAUUCUGCACAUUUUUUGUAUGAACUCAGCAUGAAAUGAAAUAAAAUAUUUAUGCAUGAAA